CAGACCGACAAGCUGAUACAGCAGGCACUUGAAGCCUACAAGUGAAGGAGAAAUCCCUUUUUGUGGGUCUGACAAGAGCUUUGGCUUGUAUUUUUUUCCCCCUGUGGACAAUGAAUUAAUUUUUGAAACAUUUUGCUUGUGGAAUUGCCUAAGCAGCCGUGGAGCGAAUUGUAACGGGCUUUAAAGGUCAUUCUGGGUGCCCGUGGGCAGGGAGUACAUACGUGGCAGCAAUACAUUUUGCAAACUGGGUUCGGGUUAGCUCGCCUACAAGGUACCAGGACUGGGACAAAGGGCGGGCAGUUGCGCCUGCGCCGACCUUCGGACCUUUAGGAAAGGAGUUUGGCCCCGCCCCGGAUGACGUCACGAUCGAGUUGCCAUGGCUCUGCUGAACGGUCUGGCUUCCGCGCUGGAGUCCUACAGGGGCCGGGACCGCCUGAUCCGGACACUGGGGUAUGGCUGCCAGCUCAUCGGUGGGGUCCUAGUGGAACAGUGUCCCAGCAGGUCCGAAGUGGGACGGCGCUUGCUGGUGGUGUCAGCCCAGCUCAGUCACUGCAGGACUGUCUUGCGACUCUUCGAUGACCUGGCCAUGUUUGUCUACACUAAACAGUAUGGUCUGGGGGCAGAGGAGGAGGACGUCUUCAUCCGAUGGUUGUCUGUCUUGAGUAACAUGGCUGACCAACUCUACUAUCCUUGUGAGCAUGUCGCCUGGGCUGCCGAUGCUAAGGUCCUCCAGGUGGACUCUGCUCGGUGGUGGACACUGAGCACAGCCUUCUGGAGUCUCUCUCUACUCCUUGGAGCUGUCAAGUCCCUGUGGACAAUGUUGAAGCUAAGGCAGAAGCUGCGCCCCACAGGCCCCUUUGCAAGCCAGCUGCCCAGGAGCAAGUGGAGAGCCGUGGAAGCAAGGAUCUGGUCAGAAGCUUUAACUCUGUUCAGCAACCUGGCUGACCUGGCAAAUGCUGUGCACUGGCUGCCCCCGGGUGUCCUGUGGGCCGGCUGCUUCCCUCCUUGGCUGGUGGGCCUCAUGGGUACCAUCUCCUCCAUCCUCAGCGUGUAUCAAGCUGCCAGGGCCGGCAAACAGGCUGAGGCAGACAGCCCUUGAUGAGGCCCUGGAGGCAGGCAGAGGACACUGUGGUGCUCAACGAGACUCAGAGUCCCAGAGCGGGAACCACUGGCUGGGGGCGCAUCCAUAAUUGUGUCCUCCUCCUCCGGUGCUGGCCCCUGGGUGGGGUGGGAAAGGGGCUCAAACGAGAUCUUUCCAGGCCCCAGCUAGGGUUUCAGGAGAAGCUGCUCCUCUGGGGGUGAGGGGACACACGAGAACCUCAGGGGCCCCGGAGCCAAGGCUUGCAGAGUCCCGGGAGGGCACUACUAGAGCCUCCCAUGGGCUGGCUUGCCUAAAGGGAGACAUGUUGUCCCUCAGGUUGGGCUUUGGCAAAGCUGGAAUAUAGGAAUGUCUAUUAAAUUUCUUGGUUUGGUGCCAAUU